UCCAUAAAUCUUACUACAACUUUCCUUCCUUCCGCCUUAAGCAUUCAUUACACGUAUCCUUCGCUUUCUUCGUCACUCUCUCUCACGCGCCACCGCCGGGAAAUGGGAAUUUCGUUGAGUAAACGGCAACAACACCACCAGCAUCAGCCUCCACCACCGUCUCUCCCGCAACUUCCGCCGCCGCCGCCGCCACAGCAACCACCAUCAUCUUCAUCCGUUCCCCCAUCUCUCGCGCCGCCGCCGUCAAACCCAAGCUUUUCUUACGGAGCGAACGCACCCUACUCUGCGCCCUCCCAAAACCCUUACUGCUUGAUCCCUGCUCCUUACCCGCCUCACUCAAACGGCCAGUUCAAUUACGGCUACAAUUACCCCAACAGACCUGUGAUCUACCAUAGCAGUUAUCAUCCUCCCUAUUACCUACCUAACGCUUGGUCCGGUUACCGCCCCCCGCAGCAUGUGCCGCCGCCUCUGCCGGCUGUGCCAUAUGUGGAUCACCAGAACGCGAAGAAGAUCAAGAAUGAUAUAAAUGUCCACAAGGAUACUAUAAAGCUGGAAGUGGAUGAGAACAAUAAGGAUUGCCAUUUGGUGUCAUUUGUCUUCGAUGCCUUGGUGGAUGGAAGUAUUUCCAUUUUCUACUUUGCAAAGGGAGGAACCGACUGUACAUACACUCCCGUGUACACUGAGAUAAAGCCAGUGAGAGUACCAUUCCAAAAAGGAUUGGGCCAAAAAUUUUGCCAGCCUUCAGGAACUGGUGUUGACUUGGGCUUCUUUGACAUAAAUGACCUAUCAAAGCCCAUUCCUGGAGAAAAUGCUUUCCCGCUAGUUAUAGUAGCAGAGUCAUGUGCAUCAACUUCAGCGGAUGAACAGCCUAAUGAGCAACAGGCCAACAAACUCCCGAAUGCACAGAUCACGGAGGCUAUUAUAGAGAAGAACAACGAGGACCACUUUCAAGUGAAAGUAAUCAAGCAGAUUUUAUGGGUUGAGGGGGUCCGUUAUGAGCUGCGAGAAAUUUAUGGAAUUAGCAAACCAGAUGAAGAAACCAUCAAUGAUGACUCGGGAAAAGAGUGUGUCAUUUGCAUGACUGAACCGAAGGAUACAGCAGUUUUGCCUUGUAGACAUAUGUGUUUAUGCAGUGAGUGCGCCAAAACUUUGAGGCUUCAAUCAAAUAAGUGCCCAAUAUGCCGCCAACCCAUUGAAGAACUUCUGGAGAUUAAGGUUAACGAAGGUCCUAAUGAAGCUUCGUAGCAUCAAAAUAAGCUCGGAUAUGGCAAGGCAAAAUCUGUGUAUAUGUGUCUGCAAAAGAAUAAUAGUUGGCGUUAGCCCGUUUUCAUCAUAGUUUUGUAACCAGGUGCCUUAUCAAAUUCACCAGGGAUUGUAUAUAAUUUAUGAAUAAGAAAGGUUUUCCAAAUAUCUUCAUAUUCUUUCUGGUUUGACAUCCUUUUGAAACAGUUUCAUCUUUCACCUUGGGCAUGUUUUUCUUAUAAUGUUUGCAUUGAAAUUGUGUGAAA